UUGCUCACGCUCGGCGGCGCGGGCGUCUGGUGGAUCUACGACGUCGUGCGGGUAGGACCUCGAUCCUCCCCGAUUUUCGCUUCGGACGACUACAGGGUGUCCGCCGACGUGAGCCACUGGGCCUACGUCCUGACCGUCAUUACCCUGAUGGGUGUCAUUGGCUUCGGGCUGAGCAUCUGGUCCAUCAACCGCCACCGAGUUCUGAAGGCCCGCGAGAUCAUGCUCCUGCAGGCGGAGGUCGCGGACCCGGACAACCAGCCCAUGUACAAGAGUUCUGGCCCCGUGAGCUUCCGCGGCUACGGCACUACGAUGCAGUCUGGCGCUCCCCGGGUCUGA